AUGAAAUUUCAGCUAAAACUGAUCUACACUCGCCAAAAUGAGUUCGUCGACGAUUUGAUUCGGUUGGCGGCUGGAAAUGAGACGAAACGAUACGAAUGGGAGACGCUAGCCGAACGGCACAUGCACAACAUGUCAGAUCAGCUGUUCGUCGCGUUCGAGAAAUACUUUUUGACGAGUAAUGAGGUAAAAAAGAACGCCGCAACAGAGACAUGGACAUUUUCAUCGUCCAUCUUCUUCGCAGUUACCGUAGUGACUACCAUCGGAUACGGUAACCCUGUACCUGUCACCAACAUCGGACGGAUAUGGUGCAUACUGUUCUCGUUGCUCGGCAUACCUCUCACGCUGGUCACCAUCGCGGACUUGGGUAAAUUCCUAUCUGAACAUCUCGUAUGGCUGUACGGCAACUAUCUGAAACUCAAGUAUCUGAUAUUGUCUCGACAUAGGAAAGAACGAAGAGAGCACGUUUGUGAGCAUUGUCAUAGUCAUGGGAUGGGACACGAUAUGAAUAUUGAGGAGAAGAGAAUCCCUGCAUUCUUAGUACUGGCCAUCUUAAUUGUGUACACUGCAUUCGGUGGAGUACUAAUGUCAAAACUGGAGCCGUGGUCUUUCUUCACCUCAUUCUACUGGUCCUUCAUCACAAUGACUACUGUCGGGUUCGGCGACUUGAUGCCUCGUCGAGACGGUUACAUGUAUAUCAUAUUGCUUUAUAUCAUUCUAGGCCUUGCGAUCACAACGAUGUGUAUCGACUUGGUAGGUGUGCAGUACAUCCGAAAGAUUCACUACUUUGGAAGGAAGAUACAAGACGCGAGGUCUGCGUUGGCAGUGGUUGGAGGAAAGGUAGUUCUUGUCUCUGAACUCUACGCGAACCUAAUGCAAAAACGAGCUCGUAACAUGUCGAGAGAAGCGUUCAUCGUCGAGAAUCUCUACGUCUCCAAACACAUCAUUCCGUUCAUUCCGACUGAUAUUCGAUGCAUUCGAUAUAUUGAUCAAACCGCCGACGCCGCCACCAUCUCCACGUCAUCGUCGGCGAUGGAUAUGCAGAGUUGCCGAUUCUGUCAUUCGAGAUAUUCUCUUAAUCGAGCAUUCAAAUAG